AUGGCGGACACAGUAAUCGAAAUCCUGACGAAGCUGAAGCAGAAAGCCGACGAGGUUGUGAAGACGGCGGAGCGAGCCAGCGUUUUCCAGCAAGACUGCCUGGAUAUCAAGUCCAAGACGGAGUAUCUCUCAUUCAGGAUCCCCCUGCUCCGCCGCGCGGCGGCGCGUGCACAACACGACCUCUACGAGCGUCCCACGCGCCGCAUCAUCUACAACACCGACCAGGUCCUCGACGAUGCCCUCGCCCUCGUCAGCAAGUGCCGCGCCAGCGCCCUCCGCCGCGUCUUCACCGCCUGUACCACCACACCCACCGCCGCCUUCGUCGUGAUCUCCUCGCAGCUCAGCAGCUCAAUCGGCGACGUCACCUGGCUCAUCGACGCCGCCCCCGACGACGACGACCGUUACCCAGGCGGCGUGUACUUCGGCCUCCCACCCAUCGCCGCCCCGCAGCCGAUCAUCUGCCUCAUCUGGGAGCAGAUCUCCAUCCUCUGCUACGGUUCGAUCGAAGAGCGAACCGGCGCCGCCGCGUUCCUGGUAGUAUUAGCUAGUGACAAUGAUUGGUACGGACAGUUAAUAAUCGAAGAAGGCGGCGUCGCGCCGCUGCUGAAGUUGGCGGAAGAAGGGAGAACCGAAGACCAGGUCAACGCCGCCAGGGUAAUCGGCCUCGCCGGAAGGGAUCCAAAAAGCGUCGACAAAAUCACGAACGCCGGCGCGUGGAAGGUGUUUGCGAAAAUUCUCAAAGAAGGGCACGUCAAUGUGCAGAUAGUGGUGGCGUGGGCUUUGUCGGAGUUGGCCGCCCACGACCACCGCCGGGAAUAUUAUUAA